UCAACGUAUUGGCAAGCCGUUUCGAAGCUGUUUCAUGUGGGGCGUACUGCGGGUCGGUAUUGCGGGGCGCCGUUUUCCUUCGCGAUGAGUGAUCCUCUCGAUUUCGAGGCGGAGGACCUGCUUCUGAACUUUCCACCCGCCCCAACUAAAAGGAAAAAGGUGACUGAUUUGGAUGACCUCCUUGGUGAUUAUUAUUCAAAGCAGAGAGAAAUUGAUAGCAUUGCCCAUAAAAAGUCUAAAUCUUUAAAGAGAUACAGCUCAGAUGAUGAAGAUGAUAAAAAUGAGAAAGGCAAUGAAACAAAGCUAUCGGAGAUUGCUGAUGAGUGUGAAAAACAGAUAAAUCAAAUUUUUGCUGAAAACGAGAUACCUUUGUGGGGUCUGAAGAUCUUUGGGCAACAGAAAUCUUUACCUUCCUUCGGCUUUAUAGAAUUGGAGAAUUGCAAGCUUCUUCAGCCUUUUAGAGAAAAUCAGCUAGAUUCAGAUUUACUUUCGGAUUCUGGACAAGGAGCUGGAGAGACCUUUCUAGAAGGGCUUUUGAUGAACGGAUGGCUCUCACAGUUAGCCUUGAUAUCUGGUUUUGUUGAAGCUUCUGUAGCAUCAUGGACAUUUUAUCAAGUCCUGUAUAGCUCCAACGUGGAGUUGCAGCUUUCAGCAUGUGACUUUUGGUGCAACAUCCUUUCUAAAAAUGAGGCUGGUCAACCAUCUAUAGUGCUUGAAUGGAUUCCUAGCUAUCGUGAAUUAAAGGAUGCACUUGAUGUCUAUGGAUAUUUGUCUGAUGCUUCGGAAAAUGCCGCAUUGAAUUCAAUUUCCAGUUCUCAAGUGCCUGGUAGUGAAGGUCCACCAGUUAAUAUCAGUUCUUGGAUCAAACUUUUAUCUGCUUGUUUUCAGAUUAGAAAAUUUCAGUCCAUCUUCUCUGUUUCCGAAGCUGAAGAGGUCCUUAUUGUGAUUAUUCGCCUCUUUUUAUCCCGCCAACUCCAGGGCAUAUCAUUUAUAUUGUCAGAUUGCAUGCAAUCUAUAUUAAGUUUCUUUACUGAGGAUGAAUGGGCUGUCAGCUGUGAGAAAGUUGCUCAUGACAUUGCUUAUAGUGUUCCCAAGGAUCUUAAUUCCUUACGACUUGUUGAAUGCAUCUCUGGGACAAGCAAUCGCAGUAAGCAUUUCAGGGGUCGAAUGGCCAUCUACAUGCUAGGAAUCUUAUUUGAGAAAGAAGUUUUUGAUGGAAUGGGAAUCCUGAAAUCUCUCGGAUCAGUAAAAUUGAAGGAUAAAGACACUGAUUUUUUCACUUUGUACAUUUAUUUAGUUCUGUCCGAGAAUUGGAUUUUAUCUGACGAUUUAGGGGAUGGAAGAUCCGAUAUUCUCAGUAUGUGGACUAAAUUUCUCCGAAAUUGUUCUGGCAAUAUUUCAAGUACAGACUGGAGGCUCUAUGCUUCGAAAGUCCGAAGCAAGGCUUCUUACCUUCUACAGAGCACUAUGAGUGAAAGAUGAGCUACCAAGGUUUUUUUUUUCCCCAUUUAUGAUCUAUUUUGGCGUUGCCACGCUCCCAGACUCCGGCAAUGUAUCUAUUCUUAUUAGAGCUGACAUUGGCUGCUUUAACUAGUUAUCUUUCACUUCACAUGCCAUGGUUGAUUAGUUCUUUUGUAAACCUACACAAGUUUUGCGUCCUUGCCAUAUUGGACCCGUAAAGCUUCAAUUUUGUUAUUCACAAAAUUGAUCUUAUUUGGUUUAAUUUUUGUUACCCUCCUUCGCUAA